AUGAAGAAGCACGUGCAUUCACCACUGACAGCUGACUUAGAACUAUAGUGUAAUACACGCCAGUGAAUUGGUAGGGUGGGUAGAUUUAACAAUCUCUAAAUGCUAACCCUUGUGCUGUACGAUCGACGAGAAGUCUGUCAAUCUUUCAGCCGGACUUGUGCUACAGUGUAAUUGAUACGACGGUUAUGAUUCAAUGCGUUAGCUUGACCACUGGGUCGCUAUAAAAGCGCGCUCAGGGCCGCGGCACCGAACCAUCUGUAACGUAACCGCUAUACAAGUACAAUCAGCUGAUAGCUGUCAACGCGAAAGGAUGCAUCGCCUAUUCCAUUCUCUCCUGUUCCUUGUGAUGCUCUCUACAGUGUAUGCUGUAGCGAUCAACCAAACAAACGAUACCUAUCAAGCAUUAGAACAGGAGAGCAAGGAACUAACUUCCAUUCCAGAGCAAGAAAAAAUAACACAACCGUUAUAUACUGAUGAUUACUAUUCAGAAAUUUUACCGGAGUUGACUUUGAGACGUGAUGACAAUGCCGAUAUUGAAUACGAUGUGCUCAAUGAUACGACAAAUGCAACCUCAUUUUAUGACUAUGAAGAAGUAAAAGAGCCCAAACAUAAAAAGUGUCAAAUGUGUAGAAUUCGCGAUGAACAGAAACGACAUCGAGUGGAAGCCAUAAAAAACAGAAUUUCGCAUGUCUUGAAACUGGAUGUACUUGGCAUGCCCAACACAACAGCAAAACGAUUACCAAAAGUACCAUCGUUUUUACGAUUGCGUGAAAAAUAUGAAAAUGCACAAAUGCAAUCGGAUUCACCUAGUAGACGGAAGGAGGAAAAACUGCGGUACCAAGACGUGCAAGAGGAGUAUGGGCAACCGGAAAGAACGUAUAGCUUUGCAAAAGAACUUCCUGCUGACAUGUCAUCGGAAUUUGAGAACAUCAUAUACUUCGAUAUGCAAGUCGCACCAGAAAAGGAAACCAACAAAGCAUUGUUAUGGGUUUAUAUCAACCCAGAUGACAUCAUCGACAAAAAUAUGACUGAAAUAUAUGUUUACACCAUUGAUCCACCUGGAAAAUUUAGUAAAGUUCCAAUCAAACGGGAAAUCGGAAGAAGAAAACGACAUUAUAUGAAAGCAGCAGGUUGGCACCACUUUGAUAUUUUGGACGAGGUUCAAAAGUGGACCUACAGACCCCAUCUGAACCUGGGACUUGUUGUGGAGGCACUGGAUGAGGCGGGCCGCAACGUCGUAGUGCUUCCUCCGACGUUUGGAGUAAAUGAUGGAUAUGAACCAAUGCUGGACAUGCGUACUUCUCUUAGGAAGAGUACACGCUCUAAGAGAUCAGCCGAGCUUUAUUGUGACCAGCGAGAGGAGACCGCGUGUUGCAGAUACCCAUUGGAAGUUGAUUUCGUUGCGUUUGGGUGGGACUUUGUGAUAGCUCCUUUAACGUACGCUGCCUACUACUGCGCUGGGGAAUGCAAGGGCGAACAAUUGGACGAUACACUUCACGCUCAUGUGAUCCAGCAAGCACCGUCCCCAACCUUAAGCCAGCCACAGUCAGCGCUGAGCAAUGUUGGUCCGUGCUGUACCCCGACUAAAAUGUCCGACUUAGCCAUGCUUUUCUUCGAUCAUAACUCUAACAUAGCAUUAACGCGAUUGCCCAGGAUGAAAGUAGACAGAUGUGGUUGUGCGUAAGGGGAGGACACGACAAUAGAAAGAAAGAGACAGGAUGGUGAAGUGUCUGCGAAAUAGUAACGAAUGUUUGUCUGAACGGGAUGAUGGAAACUAUUUGUCUUUCAGCCAUGUUUCUACUCGUGAUUGCAGUGCUGUUGUCAGUAGACCGGCACUGAGAGAACGAACCAAGUGAUUGUUUUACAAAUGACAGAGAAAGGGAUGAUUGAAUAGGGCAGAUUAUAUAUAAAGUAUAUAAUAACAUUACCAGUUUUUGAUUUUACAGAGUUGGGUGUGAAAGAUUGACACGAAAUCCAUAGGAUAACCUCGUGUUGAGAAUGCAUCACCUAAAAGGUUAAGAAGACGCUACUGUUUACAUUAUAUUAUUUGUCUUUUGGUGCUUUUAGAGGUUAACAAUGCACCAAGUGGUGCUACAUCAUACAUUUUGCGUCUUUCCUGUCGAUCUCAUUAUGUAUGUCAUUUUCCGUCAUAGUCGCUAAAGCGACAAAUCUUUCUGCCAUAAUAGUAUGUAAGUGUAUGCUGUCAUCAGUACGAUCCUUUGUUCAUACUACACUGUGCUAAAAUUGCAAAGCUUUUAAUAUCUGUAUGUAUCGUUUUCAAUGUUUGUUGUUCCCAUUACAAUGUUAUUGUCGAUGUGUUACUAUGUUCUGGUUAUAUAAAUUGAAGAGUUCUUGUCUGAUGGACAUUGUACAAAUAAUAACUGUAUACUGGAAUGUUAUCGCUGCAAUCUAACCUUCGCCUUUUUGGUCUCGAUAAUGACGGAGAAUAUAAGUACACGAUCUACUUAACAUUUUAGUAAAAUGUGAACGGCAAAAUUUGGUAUUGCCAUGAGGGCGAGAGUUUGAAUAGGCGAAAACGUCCCGGUGUACGAGUAAAAUGUAUUUUGAAGUGUCUAUCUAAAAUGUAUAAAGAAACUACUUAUGUAUCAAAUUGUAGAUAAUGAUUAUAAUGUUUCUGAUUAAUCAAAAUUAGAUGUUACUGUUAAUGAUACGACCAGUGUUACAUUUGCAAAUGAAUGAAGUGAUAAUAAAUGGCAAUGUAUUAGUCUUUAUACAAUCAAUGGAAAAUAUAGCUCGGAGUUAAACUCUGAACAGCAUUGUCUUAAAAACCAUUGUAAAUGGUUAAAAUUAUACUUUGAACCGUAGCAUUAUAUAAUUGUACAUUUGAUGUAUAUUAUAGAUCAAGUGGCUGGAGAAAUAAUAAGUUAAACAAUAAAAGCUACGAUCGAAAUCUGUCUAUUGAUCGAAGUUUAUCUCAUAAUAUUACAUGGUAAAUAGUGUCAAAUAGAUUCAAAAGUAACAAUUUUUAAUUGUCAAUGUAAUAUUGAUGCAAUGUGUUUACAUUUUAGACACACUAAAAAGUGUUUCUUAUAGGGAAAUUAAUAUUUCUUUAAUCUCGUAAUUCGUCUCAUAUCCGUAUGAAUCGUUGUUUCACCUGUCCCAUAAUUUAGACUAUUACGUAAUUAUCUCAAAUUCCAAAUAAUUUGGACUUUGUUUUAGUACAUUCGAGCAACAUGAUUCAUAUUGAGCCAUAUUGUUUUGUUUGAAGCCGACUGUUCAAGCAUGACAUUUGAAGUUGUAAAUAAGUUGGCAAUGAGACAACGUACCAUGGCAUAGGUAUAAUUGUACAUCUGUUUUGUCACAAUCAUGUAUUUUAUUGCUUGUCGGUCACUUGUGUUAAAUGUUAUGUUUUAAUGUGAUGACGAUGCUUCGUCAUUUUGGUAUAAGUAUAAUAUAAAUGAUCAUCAGAAGCUUCUAUAUUAACGAAACAGCACGAUUGCUGUGAUACCAGAAAACCUGUAUAUAAUUAUUGCAAAGCACUGAGUGCUAAUAUAUCUUAUUUGGCUUGAUGAUAAUAUCUGCGAUCCAGCGAAGCAUUAGGGCAGUAGCAUCACAUAUGUAGACAGUAUUUCUUGACUUCAUUCAUGCUUCUUUUGCAUUCCAAAAUAUCAUAGCUAUAUGUGAUUGAUAUACUAGUAGAUUAUAAUAAAUAAUUAACUGUAAUACAGAGGUUAUUCAGUCAUAGCGUUUAACGUGUUGUAACAGACGUCAUACAUUAUUAGAGACCAAAUGUUCUAUGUUCAAAUACGAGAAAUGUUUUAUUGUUGAGAAUGCGGAGUGCCUUCUGUGAUGUAUUGACAUCGGAGAUCUGUGAUAGAAAAAUCAUUAAAUGUGAAAAUUUCAA